UGUAUGUAACAAAAAAAAAAAAAAGUGCAACGUUAAAUACAGAAGCGAGUAAAGUGUUCAUUUACGAAAACAAUAACACAUUUCGUUUGUAUAAUUGUUGCAUAUUUAUUGUAAAUUUUACUUAACACUGAAAGUAUUUGUUGAACUUUGUUAGUAUCCGUACUUAUUUAACUCUAUCUUUUAUCACUCGUUCCAGGCACGUGUGAUCGGUUUACCGGUAUUUAUGCGUGCGACAGAAUAACCUGUGCGACAACGUACACGCGCGAAAAGCGAAAACUAGGUGGCUACGAUGGAUCGCACGGGUAUAGGAAAUUCGCUGGGAAGAAACUUGAUGUCUCCGCGGAAACGCAUGUCAAUCGUCCAGUCGUUGAAGAAGAGUAAUUCAGCGAUAAGCGUGUCUGGACGAUCGAACCAGUCGGUACAGAUAAUAUGUAAAACGGCGAGUCACGUUGUAGAGAGCUUUGGAUCCUCUUUACCUGUGCUUGUCACAGAAGCAUUGACAUUCGUUGACAAAAAUACAGCUGUCAGUGUCAAUAUCUCAAUAGAUGGUUGGGCGUGGCUCGUGUGUGGCCGUAGGCUGCUCGUGUGGCAGUGUAAAACAACCAUUCAUGAUUCAAAACAAAGGAGAACAUUUAAAAGCCAGUGUCGCGAGUUGUUGUUACCUCAGAGUGAUCUGGCUCAUAAGGCAGAAUGCAUAGCAGUGUGGUUGCCUCAGGGACAUCAGGUGCCCAGCUGUAUGGCUGUCUCUCCUGAGGGUAUUGUACGUUUCUGGGUUAGCGUUGCACACGAGGGAUCUUCCGUAGAAACGAGCGCAGAGCUUGCUGGACAAGAAGUUGACUGUCUCACUUACAUCCCUGGUCACGGGUGUAUUUUGGCCACUACCACGUGCACAGUGGCAUUGUUACAGCCACAGUUUGUUGGUGGUAAGAACAGCGUUAACUGUCAGGUUCUUAGAACGAGCCAAGGAUGGUUGGGCGGCAUAGGAAGAAGAAUGACUUCCCUCAUCUUCGGAGCCAUACCUCAGUCGCCAGUUACAGAAACUAAAUUAGUAAAAGUUACUUGUACAACCUUGGGAGAUAGAGGAUCAAGAGUUCUUAUUUUAGCUGGCUCGUCUUUGCAAUAUUGGUCUUUCCUUCAUAAUGAACAAGAAAAGAUGGAGUUUGACGAAGAUAUUGGGUAUAUUAUUUCGCAAGCUUUCCAACGAAAAAUCUGGAAAUCAAGCGUAUGCAAUCCGCAAAACAUGGAAACUUGGUUGAUUGACAUGCAACCCUGUAACGAAGGGAUAGUUUUCUUAAUGGCAGCUCAUUGUGCUGACGCAUCGCCUCUUAUUGAAUUUGCACUUGGUUUGAUACAACUAUCUGGGACAACGUUAGCAAAUACGUUUAAGUGGUUUAUACCAGUCAAGAUUGAUUCUAUCUCGUAUCACAAUGACGCUGAAUCAACAUUGGUUUCUUACCGUUUCAUAUUAUGUGGUUGGGAAGCUAUUAUAUAUAAUCAGUACGAAGUGCUUGUUGUGAAUUGUAUAUCCGAGCACGAGCAAGAUAAAAUAGAUUUAGUGCGGGGCGGAGAAGAUAGUAUUCUUGGCGGUGCACUGUGUUCAGGAACUCCAGUUUUAUUUACCAAAAAUUUCGGUUUAGUGUCCGUCAUGCCAUCAGAUUUUAUGUUACAAGAUUUCAAUAUGAGUUACACGGACAAUGUUACUGCAAACGUGGAUUAUACUUAUAGACCAAGUUCAGCCGCGCAAAAUUUUACCAGUCUUAUCAGUAAUGAAGAAAUUCAAAACAUGUAUUACAGUUCUGAUAGUGUCACGCAACUGCGUGCUGCAUUUCUCUUUAGUUUACGACAAAAUGAGGCUCAGUGCGACGAAAUUUUAUUGCAUCUUUUUCCUUUGCAAGACGAACCAAUAAUGGAUAUAGAUGCCACUCUUGACACGUUAAUUUUAAAAGUCGCGAAAGAUUUAAUAGACGAUUAUCCGGCAAAUGAUCCACGUUGGUCAAAUCACAGAGAUUUGUCUAUGACAAUAAAUGCUGUCACGUCUAUGCAAAUACCCAAUCAAUUGGAAGGGAAGCAGAAAGCCAUAGAUUUAUUUAUAACAUUUCUAAAAGAGCAUGAUCUGUGGAACAGAUUCUGCGCUGUUACAUAUAGAGGAAUAAUUAUGUCUACACCACACGUUCUUGGAGAAUACGCAGAAAAAAUAGUUGCCGCGCUGACUAUAUAUAAUCUUCAAAACAAGUAUCCAGAUAUCGUAGAUACAACAAUAGAACAAACUUUAAAUCCCGAAUCAUACGUAUCCGAUGAAUUAACCGCGCGUGACAUAUUUUAUCGUGAAGUCAGUGCUGUUCAUCAGUUUCUUCCCACGUUAGUAAAUAAUGCAUCAGAAGUGACUCAGUCUGAGAGACCCAUCCAACAAGUAGCAAAUUAUAUUAUGCAAGUAAACGCCGUGUUAUUGGGUAUAUUACACGAAGUGGUAAAAUACCGGCAACACAAUGCUGAACGAUUCGUUCCGACAAGAUGUUCGAACGGUAUCACCGAGUAUCUCCCAUGGACAGCUGCAAUUGGAAAACAUGGGCUAAAAAAUUGUCUGACCACAAUGUAUAACUUAACUCUUAAACACGGCAUAACCGGAACCAACGAUUCAACAGUGAGAAACGAAUUGUACGAGCAGUUAGUAAGUUAUAUAGAUUUAAUAUUGGACGGUCGGAAAUGUCAUUUAGAAAGCGUCAAAGGCACAGAGAAGUUCGAGGUACUUUUGAAGCAGUACGAAACAGACCGGAUGAAUCUGAUUCAACCAUUGAUAAAGGAAGAACAGUACGACAGCGCUGCGAUGUUAGCCGAGAAGUAUUGUGAUUUUGCGUCCCUUAUACAGAUAUGCGAAUUGACUAACAAUAAGAACCAGCUGGACGGUUAUAUGAAAAAAUUUGCAGCUCAAGAUUUCGUAGGAUUUUUAUUUUCAUGGUACGUGAAAGAUGGUCGACAGGGCCAAUUAGUAGAGAAAUGUAGACGCGGCGGUACUGUCGAAUUAUCAGAAAAAUUGGCGGAACAUCCAACCCUGUCGUGGGUGCAAUCUGCUCUUACAGACGAUUUAUGCUUUGCUGCUAGUACGCUUUACUCGCUAGCAAUCCAGGAAAGUGAAUUGGUGACACGUAAAAAAUCGAUGCUUUCUUUGGCAAAAUUGGCGUUCCUCGCUUCAGAUGAACUGAAGGAAAAAGAUAGACAUCAUGUAAAAAAUAUCGAUAACGAAUUGGCAUUGGUUGCUUAUCAGGAAGAAUUGCCAACUCAAGUACUUACGACGUAUGGUUACGAUGUAGAGAAAUUACGUGUAUUUACACCGACAGAAUUAAUUACGUUGUACACAUCUGAAGAUAACAUUGAUGCAAACGAGUACGACUUCAAGAAAGCUCUCGACUUGCUCGAGUACGUAGAACAAGAAGAUGAAAAAGUUUCUUUAAAAUUGCAAACUUGGGCACGAGCUGCUAAACGGGAUCAGUGGGAUACUCUGGGAAAGAAUCCUGAACAACAAGUACAGGAAACGAUAUUUUUCAAACUAAUGGAUCUUGCACACUUUACAGGUGGUCAAGUAAACGAAUUUCUUCCACCAGUUGAUAUGCUUUUGAUAGAACCCGAAUUAGGAAAUCUUGCCGCAUCGAGUAACUUUCAAUUCCUGAUUAAAUUUGUGUACGAGUAUGCAUAUAGCAAUUAUUGAUCUACCUGAACAAUUGUAAGUAAAAACAAAAUUUGUAUUUUUUUAAGUAAUAAAUAAAUUUCUACACGAUACAGUCAUA